UGCCUGAACGUUGAACUCUUAGCGGCCAUGCUUUUGAAUCCGGAGUACUUUUCGACAUCCACGUGUAUCAUUUCGAUUUGAACCAUCGGGGAUCAGACUAUUUGUUCCCUGAACUCUUAACAACCCUCCUCGCUGCAGCGGCGCACUCAUAGUUGUUUUCCGAAUCUAAAUCCGCGCCGCCCGAUAUCUUAUCAUGCCCCUUAUCAAGCGGUUCAACGCGUCUGAUGAAUACUCCCGCUUACUAUCUACCUCCCAGAACCGUGGCAAAGAGCAAUCAAAUACAGAACAAGAAACACCCUUACACAGCGCCCUACCCCUCCUAGAAGAAACACAAGCAACGUUCCAGCGCCUCCGAGGAGAUUCUGAUUUCAGCCAGACCAAUAUCUUCCGAUUCAUCGCUCCGUUCUUCACUUUUGCAUGCGUCUUAGCGUCCGUCGCCACCGCUCUCCGAAAGGAUAUGAUGCCUUCUCCAAGCGCUGUGUCACUCGUUGAACUGAGUUCGGGUGUCUUUGUGCUGCUUCUGGGUGUCUUGGUGGCUUUGGCUAUCUUGAGAGCGAUUAUAUGGGGCGGGGCCGUGGUUAUUGAUGGGUUCUUGCUUGUGGAUAUCAGGAGCCUGAGCGUUCCGGGUCGGGAGAACAGAAUAUCGAAACUUAAUCAGCGGAGCAUCUUGUUUAGUGGAUUGUUUUCUUAGGAACCCUCCUCUGCUUCUGGCACGGGUCUGACCGUCGGGACGAACGAAGAGAUAUUCUGGGCUGCCUUCUCGCACUAACCUGUGACCCACCGGCGCGCCUGUUGCAUCUCAUCUGGCCCCUUGUUUUCUGCUUGCAUCAUUUGAAUAUCGUUGGUGCAUUACAUAUGUUAAUUUGCAAUAACUGUAU